AAUACCAGUACCUACCGCAGAAGUAAAAACAAGGAUGACUGACUAAAUACAAUGAUGGAAUUCGAAGAACAAAAGAAAAAGGCAGAGGCAAGUGGAGGCCCUUCUUUGCUUGUUGGUUAUGACAAGCUGUUGUACAUGUCUGAGUUGCAAGCUGUGCCUGGUGAUGAUGAGUAUGGAAAUCAAGACCUCGAUGCCAAAUUUACCAAAAUUACUCAUCUUAAUCCUGAACACAUAACAAGACUGAAGAGAGAGGUCAUUGAAAUAUUAAGUUCAUGUGAGGGAAACUGCUUAAAGCUCUCCCAGUUUAAAAGCAGGUACCGCAAGUGGUUUGGAAAAAAAUUCAAUGAAUGUUAUAGGUUGUCAGGUGGAAGAAAGGAAUUCUGCAAUCUCAUGGCUGAGUUAGAUAUCAUUGAACUUGACCAAAAUGGUUCAAUACCUCUCAUAAAACUUAAAGAACAACAUGUGAGUCAGCAUAUGAGUUUUAAUAUAGCUGGAUCUGAGCAUAGUUGUGCUACUGAUGUGGAGACAAGAGAGACCAGGAGACCAAAGUUUGUGAAAAGAAGAGAGACUGUGGCACCAACGUUCCAGAGCCAAAACACCAGCCUUGAUGCCAUUGAUCUCUCUGAAAAGUUAAUAAGAUUGAAGAAAGACAUUGUGGAUAUGUUGAGGUCCUGUGAGAGGAACUGCUUGUAUCUCUCCCAGCUUCAGGAAGAGUAUGGGAAAACAUUUCAAAAAGGGUUUUUUACCACCCACAAAGUGCUGUUGAAAGGAAAAUGUCUCUCACAAUUCUUAAGAGAGUUAGACAUCCUUGAAAUAGAAGAUAAAGGUGAAAAAGGUGCCAGGAACUAUUUGAUGAAGCUGAAAGAACCACAUGCAAGCCAGUUUAUGCUGAACAUGGGUUUUGACAAUGAAGAAAAUCCCAGUUCAUUGAAGAAAAAAGAUCCUGAGAGUGUAGAGAAUACGAAAGGGCUCAUGUCCCAAAACAUUGGAAUUGAUUGUGGUUAUUUCCCUGAGAAGUUGACAAUGUUGAAGAAAGAUAUUGUAAAUUUACUAAAGUCUUGUGAGGGAAAUUGCUUGUAUCUCUCAGAACUUCCUGAUAAGUAUUGGCAAACAUUCAGAAGAAAAUUCCAUGGUACCUUCAGAGUACUGUUCCAAGGAAAAGGUCUGGUGCAAUUCUUAUCAGAAUUAGAUAUCAUCAAAUUAGAACAUACCAGUGAAAAAGGUGUGAAGAAAUAUCAAUUAAAGCUGAAAGAACUGCAUGCAAACCUGUCCAUGCAGAGAACAAGUUUGAACACAGCAGAAGAACUUGAUUCCUGUUCUAAUUUUGGGUAUCAGCAGGAUGAAUUUGAUUCCAAAGAACCAACCAAAUCACUAAGACCAGCCUCUCUAGCAGGUGAUUUGGCAGUUGCUGCUGGCCCAAUUAUUUCCAGAGUACCUACUGUCCCGCCAGCUCCUUUGGAUCAAAAUGUUUUGGAUUCAAGAGUUCAAUCUCCAGCCCCUGCAACUACCUUCCAGGCUUCUCCUCCUUUGGUUUUGUCAACAUCUUUAAUACAAGGUCCUAGUCAUGCAGUCAAUAUACCUGAAGGGUCUGGUCUAACAACAACCGCCAAUACAGCUCCUGCAAAGGCUGAACCCUUCAACGCUGAGCAAGUGGAUCAGGAAGUGAAAAGCAAACAUAUGCUACUUACCGGAAGUACUCCUCAAGCGAUACCAGUCGUUCCCAGUUUAAUGGAAAACAAAAGUUUUCACGCACAGUUGGAUCAAAAUUGUCCACGAAUCCAAGGCAUUUGUUUUGAUGCCGAUGAGGACUCAGAAACUUUAACAAAUCUGAAGCGAGAUGUUAUCGAAAUUUUACGUUCUUGUGAGGGAAAUUGCCUGUAUCUCGACAAAUUCAAGUUAACAUACGAGAAUCGGUUUGGGAAGAGAUUCCUUAACUGCUAUCCAUGGUUAAAAGGAAAAAAAAAAGUCUUUCGUAAUCUUAUGGCAGGGUUAGAUAUCAUUGACCUUGAACAAUUAACAUCGGCUACGAAAGGUCCUAAAAAGUUUAUGAUGAGGCUGAAAGAACCACAUGCAAGCCAGUUCAUGAUGAGAAUGAGGUUAAAAACCUCAAGUGAAGUUGGUCCUAGCUUUUAUGAAGCUGGUCAUCAACUGGAAAUGUUUGAUUCCAAAGUUCCGUCAAAGUCGUAUACACCUCUCACUGGGGGGAAAAACUCAGCAGCUGCCGUAAGUCCAGAUGUUGCACGUGUCCCACUUGUCCCAUCUCAUUUGGAUUUCAGCGACAAAUCACCAUCAUUGCCGCUACUAAAUACCGAAGCCAGCACAGACGGAAAGGUAGACCCACUAUCUGUCCCUGUUGGAAUAAACCCGGAGGCUAGCCAACGAGAAGGAGAGAAACAAGGUUUUGCUACCGGUGUUACUAAUCCGAUGACUGUCCCUCUUCCCUCUUCAGGCAAAGAACCUGAACUGAAAAUACCAACAGAUGUAAAGGUUAAACCAGAACUACUUCCUUCUGAAAAAACACGAAUUCGAGAAGUUGGUACGCCGGAUCCUUUUGAGAAUUCAAUCUGUAAGGCCCAUCACGUGAUGAAUACCAUAACGGGCGGCGCAAAAUCAGCUGUAAGGAAUGCUUCUUCACAUGAAGUUAACAAGGCCGCGGAAGAGAUCAUCACCUCUUUGUCGGAGGAAGGUCGCUUUGUUGGCCUCGAAGAAGUAAAAGCCAGGCUCUGUAAAGAUUUUGGAAAAUCAAGUCUUAUUAAAAUGGGGUUCAAAACAGACAAGGAUAUCCCCGCUCUGAAGAACUUGAUUGAAAUGCAGGCCAAAGUUAACUUAUUCGUCCAUGCUUACGUCACAUUCAACAGUAUAGCAACCUUGUACGAAUUAAACCAAAGCCUUGCCGCCUUGGGUUCCAAAUCAGACUUCGAAGAGCUCCGACUGGGCCCUCUAAUAAAACAACCCGUGGUGUAUAACAUGUUUAAAGCACCCCAGAGUCUUACCGCUGUACCUCAAGUGACGACAGUUCAAAUUAUCAAGCACUUGAACAAGUACAUGUCAAAGAUGAAAGGAACGCUAUAUUUAGAGAAAUUCCUGGAGUAUCUUUGUGAGCAGUAUCAUUGUUACACUCCUUACGAGCUGGGAGUCAGAAUACAAAGCCUUGGACUGGCUGUUGCGAUGCUUAAAAAAGUGAAACAUUCCAAGACCAAGAGGUGGGGAGCUAUCAGAGAAGAAAUGUCGAUCGAGAUGGAGGAAGAAAUUCAAAGAUGCUUGCGUAAAUUCAAGAGAGACCUUCUCGGGCAAGAACUUGGUGAUUUAAGGAGCUGUGUUAUGAAAUUUUUUGACAAAUCUCCGACGGAUGUACUGAAGGCAGUAUUCGAGUGUUGCUUGGAAAUGUUUGACGAAAAUUGUCAGGGAAAGGUAACGACCUUUCUGACCAUGCUUACCAAGCACAAACUUGGGAGGCAAUUGUUUCAGCUGGCGCUGUGUGCUAGUUGUAAGCCCUUACUGGGAGAGGCUAUGGAAGAACUGGUUAACAUUAAGAUCAACACAGAAGUUGCCAACCGUAAAGCAAAUCACGAGAAAACGAGGACAAGGCCUGUCCCACCCAGUGAAGGCGCCGUUGUCUGUGAAGUGCAGGAGUGGAUUAAGUGUGCCGAACGUGUUGACCUAACGACGCUGGCAAGAAUUGAGGCGAAUGUCGUGAACAAAUUCCCAGGAUUUACCGGCUUUGAAGAAUUUGGUUAUGGCUCUUUUCUGAAGUUUUUAACAAAACACAAGAAACUAAAGAAAGCCACAGAAGAGGUUGGCGGAAUGGCCCAGUCUAGAAGAGAAGGAGCAAGGAUUGGUUGUCAAGUGCCGCUUAAUAGUGUCUUGGAUUUUAUAUAUCAAUGUGGGACUCAAACCUCUACCGAGUGUAUUGAACGUGAAUUGUGCGGUUACUACAAUGUUAACAAAGUGACGGAUCUCGGAUUUGGUUCUUUUUCGUGCCUACUGAAAAAAGCUGCGGAGCCAAGAGUGAAAACUCUAACGACAGUUUACGAAGUCGCUCUCCUGUGUCACGGCGCUGGCGCUUUCCACGAAGAUAGCGCCAGCUUUAGUACUCGCAGUGCUCUAGGCUAUAAGAGCAAACAGGAAGCUUUAGAUGCCAUACAAAGCACUCCGCUCCUCGAGGAUGUUUCCCUCUGGACUCACUGGGAUGAUGUAUUCGGCGGCGAAGUGUCUAAACUUGGCGACUUGAAGUCAUUUUUGGAAAAUGAAGGAAUUUUAUGUAGUGCUGAAAAGUCAUUGUCAGAGGGCCACAAUUCCUUAGUCGUCAUGGAAACUAAUCCUGGUGUACUCCUUAGAGUAACUACCCACACGUCCACAGAAAUAUUCAGGAAAUGUUUAUUGUGUGGGGAUGUGAUUGGAGCAGCUGGCCAUUUGGUUUCCAUAGUUAUAGUGAAUGGUGGUGUGGCUAACACUCCUGUCGCUCUUUUAGCCAAUUACGUGUAUUCCUCUUUGGCAUCGAUGGGUACUGACGAUGAGGGGGACUGUGAUCAACGUCCAACCUUUGUUCUUGAAUGUCUGAAUCGUAUGCCUCUCAGAUUGGCUCAGGCAAUUGGGAAAAAGGUUUUUCUUGAGCCUUUCAAAAAGUUGGUUGGUUCAACAAGAGCGGCGUCGCUGCUGCUUUCAAGCUGUUCAACUCAGUCGCAACGUAACCGUCUUCACCAGCUGGGAUUUGCCUUUAGCAUAAGUCAGUGGAUAGAGGACUUCCAGGAAAGAGUUUCUCAUGACAAAGGGGACAGCGAGGGUGUCCUCUUUAAUGAGCACUACAAUGACGAAAGCAAGAGAUUGAUCACAGCUGUUAGGCCCGUGGCAUCUUCUAUCUCAUUGGUGUCGCAACAAGCGGAAACCGCUGCUAACCUUAAAACAAUCUUCCCACAAGCAUGCAGUUUUGAUGAAAAGGAUGGGGACGAAGCAGCAACUUCAGACACUAAGGGUGGAUUGUCAGCAUUACCAUCAGGACCAUGCACACCUAACAGGGAAUGCAGGGCAAUAAUUGAACAAAUUCGCCGUGAGGAUUUUGGAAUCGGUUUGGAGCUUGGAAAAGAGGAAGCCAAACUUGUUCAGCGACACCGCGAGAGAGAGGGUCGUGGCUUACACCGUCUUUCCUCCGAUCUUUAUACCAGGGACACCCACUUUUUGUUGGAGCUCGUUCAGAAUGCAGACGAUAAUUCCUAUCCUGAAGUGUGCUGUGGCCCAGGAUUCCCGACCCUUGUAUUCGUCCUCGAGCGGGACAGGAUCGUGAUAUUGAACAACGAAGUUGGAUUUGUUGAGAAGAAUAUACGCGCGUUGUGUGAUGUUGGCAGAAGUACCAAAGGGGCGGAUCGCUAUGGAUACAUCGGACAAAAAGGCAUCGGGUUCAAGUCUGUAUUCCGAGUUAGUGAUAGCCCUGAAGUUCACUCCAAUGGAUAUCAUAUUCGCUUUGACGCCAAAAGUGGUCCUAUUGGUCAUAUUCUCCCUGAGUGGAUUGGAGACAAUUUUUCAGUGAAACCAAAUGGUGAGCAUAUCAAAGAAGGAACGAAAGUCAUGGAAAAGAUGGAUAAAGAUGGUGAAUUGAGCAACAUUGGCGAAAGCAUGAACAGCUGGCCAACCUGUAUCAUUCUUCCAUUAAAAGAUGAACAUAAAGGGAACAAAAAGUCUUCACUCGCUGCCGGAUUUCACGAUGUUCACCCAUCUUUAUUGCUGUUCUUACAUCGUUUGAAGGGAAUCUUUAUAUACGACGAGGUAAACAAGAGUUUUGUUAAAAUGCUAAGAAGAGACCUAGGAGAUAAUGUCAUGGAGGUUCUCCACAACACAGGCACAGAGCGCUGGCUUGUAGUCAAGAAACAGCUUGAGGCUGCUAGAAUGAAAGCAGACGUAGAGAUAACUGAGUUGGCACUGGCUUUUCCAUUGACUGGUGAAUCAGGCAACACAUCAAGACAUCAGGCAUUGCCGCCACAGAAUGUCUUUGCGUAUCUUCCACUCAGAAGCUAUGGUUUCCGAUUCAUCAUUCAAGGUGACUUUGAGGUUCCUUCGUCAAGAGAAGAUGUGCACAGUGACAAAUCCUGGAAUCAGUGGCUGAGAGAGGAAAUUCCACAACUUUUUAUCGACGCUAUGUCGGUAUUUAUGGACCACUCGUCUUUUUGUGGCCUUUCUUCAUUGGUGUCGUAUUUUAAAUUUGUACCUCUUGAGGAGGAAAUUCUCGACUUUUUUACACCUGUUGCUCGCCAUAUCUUAACACUCCUUCAAGGGAAACCUUGUAUCCCAGUUAAGAGGUCCAGCAAUGAAACUGAGCAGCCGUACGGAGGUGACAAUGGAAAAAGCUGCGAUUUGGUUCUCCCUUGUCAGGCCAUUGUCUGUGAAGACAGCGUCAUACAAGAGCUUAUACCCUCUAUUCUUCUGGAGGAGCACCUAGGAUUGAGUUACCUUCAUCCGGAAAUGGUUCCAGUACUAAACCCGACCUUGAGAUCUCGUCUUGGAAUCGAGACUUUGUCUAUAAAGCACUUGAUUGAGAUUGGGAAAGCGGAAGUAAAGAAAGCUCCAGCUGUUGCACCGCAUGGCAAUGACCGCAAACCGGAUGUUGGGAGAAUAGCCUGGGUAGCUCGAUGGUUGCAGUGCAUGUACCGAUGUCUCGAGCAGGAAAGAAAUAGCAGUCAAGAAAUGCUAGAUUUGAUUGGUUCUCUUAACGUGAUUCCGCUAACGGAUGGAUCUUUCGUGAACGUGAAGGAGGAUUCCAUUUUCUUUCCGCUGUCGAGGAAAAAAACAUCCGAGGGAGCUGUGCCAAAGAAGAACAAAGGUUUCGUGCAUCAGGAGAAAACAAUUUUCUCCGUGCUGGAGAAAGACCUACCAACAGUGCAUCCAUCACUGUUAUCUGCACUUGAUGAUAUUGGUCGUUCUCAAGUCGAGCAGCUUUUAAGGCGUCUAGGAGUAAGAAUGUGGACUCCAAAAGAAGUCAUUAACAAUCACAUUAUCCCAGUGUUCAAGUCAAAGCAGUGGAAGUGUAAGUCUGAUGAAGUAUUGAGAAGCUACCUAGUGUGCAUUUUGGAAGAGCGCCUGAACGACCCUUCUGUGUGUGAUAUGGAUGAAUUGAGAUCCUGUGUACAGAUUUUAACGAACAAGGGUACUCUGAACCCAAAAUCAACGCCGAUUCAUUUUACCCCCAAAUACGGGGGCCCAAUUGACCUCGCUCGGCAGUUUCCCAGUAUUUCGUGGACAAUUAUUGACGAAUCUUACUUGGACUAUCGUACUUCAUUGAGGGUUCGCACCAUGGAUUGGAAAACUUUUUUAGACGACCUUGGCUUAAAACAGUUUCUUGCUAUUGAAAAGAAACAAGUAAAGCUUCAUCGAAAAAACAUGGCUUGCUCUCCGUGGGAGUCGUAUGAGCGAAUUUGGCAGACAACCCCAGAUGAUCUUUUCAUCAUUGACGACUGGGCGUGUGAAGAAUUUGAGGAGUUUCUCAGUAAGAUUAACUCCUCCGACACUAAACAACAAUUCGUCAGCAAUGAGUCAAAGUUCUUAGCUCAGUGUAUUGAUGCACGUUGGGAUCACACGUACGCACAGUUUGCUGAGGGCUAUGUACAAGUUAAAGAUGUAAAUGGCCAUGUUCUCGGAGAGGCUAAAUCUUCAUUUUACCUCAAUCUUGUCUCGAAACCGUGGAUGCCCUCUACAGUUGAAGGGACGAACCUGUAUCUUCCAAGCGACCUCUUCGUGAAGGCUGACGCUGUAUAUCACCUACUCGGGGAUCACGUGAAUUACGUUAGCGCAGAUUUAAAGAGCCUCUCGUUUGUUAGCGCCUUAGGCAUCAGAAAAUCGAUUGGCGUAGAUGGGAUGAUCAAUGAGUUGAGGAGGUGGUCAGAUGGUUGCGACAAAAAGAUGGAUAGAAAUCGACGAAAAGACUUCAAAACUUCUAUUGCACAUAUGAGCAGAGUUUACUCUUUCCUCUCUGAGAAAAUGUCGCAAAGUGAUGAAGAAAGGAAGAAAAUAACUGAGGCUUUUCUGCAGAACGCGCUGAUAUUCGUUCCUCAUCGCGAUCGCCAUUUAGAGUUUCUCCCAAGCCGGCCAGAAUGCAAAGUAUCAGGAUCAUUUCUUUUGAAGAAAGAAGUGUGCUGGAGUGACCCGACAGAUAUAUCCCUGAAACUGUUUAAGGAGCACGGCAAGGUUCCCAUAAGACGCCUACUAGGGUGUUUCUAUGCAUGUAGUGGCCCCAAUCAGAGUCUUGGAGGUUUUUUUGUGGAUCAAAUGGACGUGGACCUUACCCCCAAUGUGGACGAGUACAUCGAAAUGGCGACGACUGUUGCUGACGCUGCAGGUUUUCCAACUUAUUCGUCUUUGAGCGAUAUGUUAAAAAUCUUUGCAGCUUUGGGACGCAAGUGUGUUUCGCUAAGCCUCAAAAACAGCACACAGGUUGAAGAGAAAAUCGAUGAAAAUAUGGCCGCUUUUGUGAAAAAAUCUCUGCAAGGUGAACGGAAAUGCAUCUUUCCUACAUCUGACAAAUGGGUGGCACUUUCGGAUCAACCGCUGAUAGCUGACGAUAAAGCUAUGGUGAAGAUUUUUCAUAAGGAAAAAUCUGUCUACUUCCUGGACCUCGGAGACUUCUUUCAACCGCAAAAACGUGGCUCGACUAGUCGUGCAUUUGAACAUCAAUUCGAUAGAGACAAGAUGGAGCACUUUGUUUCUUUAUUCUUGAUGAUCUGUGAAGUAAAAGCGUUAAGUGGGUGCAUAAAGAAAGAGUUGGUUCCCAUUGGUUCAGUGAAGUACCAGUGUACUCCCGUGCAGAAGUUCUUUCACCAAAACAUUCCAUACGUGCAACGUUUCCUAUACUCAAAAUACCCAUCUGUAUAUGAUAAACUGAAAAAUGAAGGCUUCGCAGAGAAACUGCUACACAUGCAGUUCGCUUCUGUUCAGAGCCUGGAAACUUUGUACUCGUUAACCACGCAUUCCAACGUAGCCACGCCCCUUAAAGUAAGAUCGGGCAUACAGGAAUUAGGAAUCACGUCCUGUUUUUUCGUUGUGCAAGAACAUCAAGAGCGUGCAGAUGUUUUAAAUGCUGAGAUGGCUAAACUGUUGUUAGGAGGAAAAAAGGAGGGCUCCUCAGAAUUAACCAACUUUCUAGUUGCAGUGAAAACUUACAGCGGGGAUAAUUUCGAAGGGUUUUUGGAAGACGUGCAAGGGUUGGAACCAUUACCGGAAGGAGAAGAGCGAUGGAGUGUUCCACCUCCAAAGGAACCCGAAAAGGAUGAAAAUGAAAGAAGUGCCACAAAUGAAGAUGUUCCUUCCCUGGACAGAACCCAAGCCCAAUCUAGGUCAGGUAACGAUAGUCUUCGUUCCUGGCCGCCAAAAUCUUCUCGUCAUUAUGGUAAGUCGUGUAAACGUAGAGGAGAAACCAGAAGUGACCCCAAGUUCAAGAUUUGGCCUAUGCCAGCGCCCCCUGAAUCUAUAGAUAAACUUCCGAAAGCCGCAAGUCGAUUUAACUUGGUUCAGAAAACACCUGAGCAACCGCAUAUUAAGAGCUCACAAGUGUCAAGAAAGCUCCAGGAGAGAGAUGAAAGGAAGACCGAGCACGAACAUCCUGCUGAAGUCAAUCCAAUCCAACACCAAACUCCAAACGAUAACCACCGGCCAGCUGAGACAAUGGUUGAGGGUGCUGAGGUAAAUGAAUCACAGCUUAAUAUUACUGAGGCAGGAGACGAUUUUUGUCCCAGAGGCAAGAAGAGCCAUAUCCAUAUCCACCCUUCUCCGCAUCAAAUGCCCUCACCUGGAGAAAAGUCUGCAGUCACCAUCCCAGAAGAUCUAACCAGACAGGCUUCUUCCAGAGGUGCGCGUUUCUGGUUUGAUAAAGGUCCAUAUGACUUCGACGACGAAGAUCUUCCCAUCAAUAACAAAAUGAGAACCAUGCACGGACUUCCGUUGAUGGAGAACCCUAAUAGCGAAGAAAUAGGCCGAUGGGGGGAAGAAUAUGUUUUUGAGUUUCUUAAGGAGCAAGCGCGAUGUGACCUUUCUGGUUCAGUGGAAAUUGUCUGGAUUAACGAAAAAGGAAACACAACUGCGCCUUACGACAUCGAGAUUCGACGUAAUGGUGUCAGAGGAGGCGACGAUCGCCGCCCAGUAUUAACAUAUGUUGAAGUGAAGACAACUUCCUCUGACCAAAAGGAUAUCUUUGAACUGUCGGUUCAGCAACUUCAAUUCGCGCGUGCUCACCAGGACGCAUUUCAUCUUUAUCGUGUUUUUAACGCAGGCAAACCUAAAAACGUGCGAAUUCGUCGUCUUCAAAACCUUGCUGAGCACAUAGAAAAGAAGGCUGUAAAACUUUGUCUGGUUAUCUGAAUUUUAAAUUUUAUAACAGCGUUUAUAUUAACAGUUAAGCAAGUGAUAACGUUAAGUUCAGUUGAUUUUUGUAGGUAUAAAACUAGUUCGGAAAGUCUUUUGGAUCGAUAGCACAGAAAUUAGAUGCUUCUUAAAAAACGUCUUAGGAGCAAUGAUGGAUUCUCUUCGACGUAUUUUCAAACAUUUUGAUCUAUGACAACCCUAAGAAAAACAAGUUAAGAGUGGUUCUGUUUGUAAGAAAAGACCGAAUAGAAAAAGAUAGGCUUUAUGGAGGCGGAUGCUACUAAGUAUUGUUCUAAGAACAAGAAUAAGGUAGAACAGCACCAACAUGUAAAUAACGCUUCAUAUUCAAACGUUGGAAAGUUAUAAAUCGCUUGGACCAGCUUACCUUUACAGUUGACCUUGUCCAAUGUUUUACUCGCUGUGUUAUUCUUGGUUGUAACGUUAAGUUAGUCUUAAGCAUGAUUUCUUUUUCAAUGCUUCGGAGAUUGAAUAAAUUUUUCCAAAAUUUACCUUGUAAGGUUCAAGACUCAGUAAACACCUUCAUUGUGUUGUUGAUCUAGCAUUGGUGUCUUCAUCAUCGAGAAAAAUGUAACACUUGUCUGGUGAAAGUGCCCCCUUUGACGAGAACCGCUUAUUCAUCUUGUUCGUGCUCAGUUAUGAUUUCAUGGUGAGCAUCGGAGGAAAGUUUUCGAAAUGCUCUAUUUUUGGUAAUCUGUAACCACAAUUUCAACAUUGUAACAAAUUCUCUGAGCAACCCGUAGAACAAAUAUCAGCAUACCAACAAGGAAAGACAGCAGGUUCAGGUAAUAAAAUGAAUUUUCAUA